CAGGAAGGCGGACAUGUUGGUCGGGCUGUGGGAGAAAAUCGGGCACCGUCUGCUGUUUUUUUUUUCUCUUCUCCGAAACAAAUCAGAACCUGACCUGUGAGUGUUGGACCUGAGGGACCGAGCAGCUCGGAGGGGGAACCAGCCGACCACCGGGAACAGCGCCCGGGCAGCAGCGGGGGGAACAGCCGUCUAAACGCCGCUACGAGCCCUCGGUUACACCGAUCGAAAUUUUGGAAGAAGCAGAAGUUUUUUCCCCCGCAGCACUUCUACUUGUGAGCUGUCAGAUUGGUUCGUGUGCAGCGGCCUGGCUCCGGGAUGGGAACCGGCCCGGACUGACACAGCUCCUCGGAGGGGGGGCCGGACUAACUUUUUAACUGGCUUUUGUUCGGAUGCAGCAACAUUUGAAGCUCUGAUCCCCGGUGGCAUCCUGCGGAGGCUGACUAAUCUGCCCUUCAUCGUUUUUGCUUCUGAAGUUGUUUUGUCGCUCGUACCGGGGGUGUGGGAGGGUUUUUUGGUGGAGGAAAAACCCUCUUUUCGACGCCCAACAUGUGGCUUUUGUAUAUUCAGCGCAACCUCCAGCGUUUCAUCGUGUGUGCGAGCUCCGGGAGAACAAUGUGUUUUCUGUGAAGCGGCGGAGCGAAGUUCACCCGAAGAAAAGGAACAUUUGGCUAGCUAGCUACCGCUGGCUGCUAAAGCUAACGCUAGCUAGCCAGCCCUCUGCCUCGCCACCGGGCUGUGUUUGUUCGUGAGCACCCCCCCUAGAAAACAGACCGGGACUCAGGAUGACAGCCAAAAAAUCCCCCGGGGACAGUAUGGAGGCUCGAUUCGAGAAAAUCGAUGCCAUGUUGAAGGACCCCAAGUCGGAAAUAAACACGGAUUGUCUUCUGGACGGCUUGGAUGCACUGGUGUAUGACCUUGACUUUCCUGCCCUGAGGAAAAACAAGAGCAUUGACAACUUCUUGAAUAGAUAUAAGGAAACUAUAAGUAAAAUCCGUGAUCUACGCAUGAAAGCUGUAGACUAUGAGGUGGUUAAAGUUAUUGGGAGAGGUGCGUUUGGAGAGGUGCAAUUGGUAAGACACAAAGCCACAUGCAAAGUAUACGCCAUGAAGCUGCUCAGCAAGUUUGAGAUGAUCAAGAGAUCGGAUUCUGCUUUCUUCUGGGAGGAGAGGGACAUCAUGGCGUUCGCCAGCAGCGGAUGGGUGGUGCAGCUCUUUUUUGCUUUCCAAGAUGAUCGCUACCUCUACAUGGUUAUGGAGUACAUGCCCGGUGGCGAUUUGGUUAACUUGAUGAGCAACUAUGACGUCCCCGAGAAGUGGGCCCGCUUUUACACAGCGGAGGUGGUGCUGGCUCUCGAUGGAAUCCACUCGAUGGGAUUUAUUCACAGGGACGUGAAGCCUGAUAACAUGUUGCUGGACAAAGCAGGCCACUUGAAACUGGCGGACUUUGGGACCUGCAUGAAAAUGAACAAGGAUGGAAUGGUACGAUGUGACACAGCAGUGGGAACUCCAGACUACAUUUCCCCCGAGGUACUGAAAUCCCAAGGAGGAGAUGGAUACUACGGCAGAGAGUGCGACUGGUGGUCGGUGGGAGUGUUCCUGUACGAAAUGCUAGUUGGCGACACACCAUUCUAUGCCGACUCACUGGUCGGGACCUACAGCAAAAUUAUGAACCACAAGAAUGCCCUGACCUUCCCUGAAGUCAGCGACAUCUCCAACGAUGCCAAGAAUCUCAUCUGCGCUUUCCUGACUGACAGGGAAGUCCGGCUUGGCCGUAACGGUGUAGAUGAGAUCAAGAGGCAUCCCUUCUUCAAGAAUGACCAAUGGACAUGGGAGAACAUCAGAGAGACGGCUGCUCCAGUGGUGCCUGAACUGAGCAGUGACGUUGACACCAGUAACUUUGAUGACAUUGAGGAGGAUAGAGGAGAGGAGGAGACCUUUCCAAUACCAAAGGCCUUUGUGGGCAACCAGCUCCCCUUUGUAGGCUUCACCUACUACAGCAAUCAGCACCUUUUGCGCGGCACCGCCACAAAGACCGGUGAUAAACGUAGCAGCUCCACAAAGGAAGAGAAGGCGCAUCUGGAAAACCUGCAGAAACGGAUCUACCAUCUGGAGGAGCAGCUCCACAGUGAGAUGCAGCUGAAGGAUGAGCUGGAGCAGAAGUGCAGGACAUCGAACACCAAGAUCGAGAAGAUCAUGAAAGAACUGGAUGAAGAGGCAAACCAGAGGAAGAGUUCAGAGGCCGGCAUUUCUCUGCUGGAGAAGGACAAGAUCAUGCUGCAGCACAGAUUCACAGAGUACCAAAGAAAAGCUGACCAGGACGCAGAGAAGAGACGCAAUUUGGAGAAUGAGGUAUCAACUUUGAAGGAGCAGCUCGAAGAUAUGAGGAAGAUCAGCCAGAACUCGCAGGCCUCGAAUGACAAGAUCGCCCAGUUGCAGAGUCAGCUGGAGGAGGCCAACGACCUGCUGCGUGCGGAGUCUGACACGGCGGCGAGGCUGAGGAAGAGCCACACCGAGGUGGCAAAGUCGAUGAGCCAGCUGGAGAGUUUGAACCGUGAUCUGCAGGAGAGGAGCCGCUCAGGGGACGGAGAGAAGGCGCAGCUGGAGAAGGAGCUCAUGCUUCUUCAGAGCACGCUGGACUCUGAGAGGAGGAACUACAGCCAGGGGUCUGAGGAGAUCAGGGAGCUGCAAGCGAGGAUGGCAGGACUGCAAGAGGAUAACAGAAACUUGAAGCUCAGCGUCUCUAAAGUGGAGACAGAACGUAAACAGGCCCAAGAGAGGAGCAAUAACCUGGAGAAGGAGAAGAACAACCUGGAGAUCGAACUGAACUAUAAACUCAAGACCUUGCAGCAGCGUCUGGAGCAGGAGCAGACUGAGCACCGGGUGACGCGAGCUCAGCUCACUGACAAAUAUGAGUCUAUCGAAGAAGCCAAAUCAGCUGCCAUGAAUGCUGUCCAGGUGAAGAUGUCUGAGGAGAAUGGAUCGAGAAUGAGAGCUGAGAGCCGGGUAGUGGAGGUGGAGAAGCAGUGCUCAAUGCUUGAGUUUGACCUUAAGCAGUCUGUGCAGAAGAUGGAGCAGCUGAUGAAGCAAAAGGAAAGGCUGGAAGAUGAUGUGAAGAAUCUGCGGAUGCAGGUAGAGCAGGAGUCGAGCAAACGUGUCCAAGCUCAGAACGAGUGGAAGAGCCGCAUGCAGGAUGUGGAUCGCCUCAGGGUUUCAGAGAAGCAGCUCAAACAGGAGAUCAACUCGGCCCUAGAGAGCAAACGCUCGCUGGAGUUCCAGCUGGCACAGUUGACCAAACAAUACAGAGGCAACGAGGGACAGAUGAGGGAACUUCAGGACCAGCUGGAGGCCGAACAGUAUUUUUCUACGCUUUACAAAACUCAGGUCAAGGAACUCAAAGAGGAGAUUGAAGAAAGGAACCGGCAGGUACAAGACGCUCACAAAAAGGUGCAGGAUCUGUGUGGUGAAAGGGACUCCCUGUCUGCCCAGCUAGAUCUGACCGUGACCAAGGCCGAGUCAGAGCAGCUUGCCCGGGCUCUGCAGGAGGAACAGUACUUCGAGCUCAGUCAGGAGAACAAGAAGGCGUUGACCAGACAUAAACAGGAGAUUGUGGAAAAGGAGGGAACCAUAACACGGCUUGAGGAAUCCAAUAAAACUCUGACCAAAGAUGUGGAGCACCUCAGCAAAGAGAAGACUGAUUUGAAUGAGAAGCUUAGUACUCAGGAAGAAGAGUAUGCAGCCCAGAAGGAGGAGAUUACAAUUACAAUCAGGGCUAACUAUGAGAAGGUGCUCAACACAGAGCGCACACUGAAGAUUCAGGCGGUAAACAAGCUGGCAGAGAUCCUGAAUCGCAAGGACAUGAAGCUGGACCAGAAGAAAAAGGGCAGUACUGCCGACCUGCGGAAGAAGGAGAAAGAGCACCGCAAACUCCAGGCGGAGCUUAGCCAGGAGAAGGACAAGUUCAACCACAUGGCCAUCAAGUAUCAGAAGGAGUUGAGCGAGAUGCAGGCGCAACUUGUAGAAGAAUCUACGUAUCGCAACGAGCUCCAGAUGCAGUUGGACAGCAAGGAGAGCGAUAUCGAGCAGCUGAGGGAGAAACUGAACGACCUGCAACUGCGCAUGGAAAACUCCAGUGUCACCAGUUUGCAAACAGAUGAGACGGACAGCAACAUCGCAGAAUCCAGACUGGAGGGUUGGCUGUCCAUUCCUAAUCGUGCUAAUAUCAAAAGAUACGGAUGGAAGAAACAGUAUGUGGUGGUGAGCAGUAAGAAGAUUCUGUUCUACAAUGACGAGCAGGAUAAGGAGUUGUCCAACCCUUCGAUGGUACUAGAUAUAGAUAAACUAUUUCAUGUGAGACCAGUCACUCAAGGAGACGUGUACCGGGCUGAGACCGAAGAGAUUCCAAGGAUAUUCCAGAUUCUGUAUGCCAACGAGGGGGAGUGCAGGAAGGACGCGGAAAUGGAGGCGGUCCCUCAGGGCGACAAGACCAACUGUUUCCCACACAAAGGUCACGAGUUCAUCCCUACGCUAUAUCACUUCCCUUCAAACUGUGAGGCCUGCUCCAAGCCGCUGUGGCACGUCUUCAAGCCGCCUCCGGCCCUGGAGUGUCGCCGCUGCCACGUCAAGUGCCACAAGGACCAUCUCGACAAAAAGGAGGAUGUUAUUGCUCCUUGCAAAGUAAACUACGAUGUGACCUCUGCCCGGGACAUGCUCCUGCUCGCCCUGACACAAGACGAGCAGAAGAAAUGGAUUGGUCACCUGGGAAAGAAGAUUCCCAAGACCCCGCCAUCUACUUUUUCAAGAGCCUCUCCUCGUUCCAUGUCCACUCGCUCCGGACCAAACCAGUCCUUCCGCAGGAACCCUAAAAGCAAUACAGGAAAGCUGAGCUAACCAUCUGAACCGUUCCUCAUCCUCAAAAACGGAGAAACCUGUAUUACGUAGAAAAUUCAUUAGAAUGAAAAAAAGUAUAAAAAUAAAAAAAAACACAGCGCUGGAGAAUUGCAACACAUGUCAGUCAGACACAAGGCAUCGUGGACAUACAGAGGCCUUUCUUCAAGAGAAAACCCACCAUCCAACUCAGCAAACUUGCAGCUCUCCAUUCCUACCAGAAGAUGGCACACUUGUCUGGAACUAAACGUGGACUGUGCAGCGAUUUAGAGACGGACUCAUGUCAUUGGAGCCAUUCUGUGUUUCAUAUCAUAUGACAGUUCUGAUGGAAACCGGAAGGUAAACUGGGGGUUUUGCUGGGACUCCUGUGGUUGUGUGUUUGGUUUAAGGUACUGUCAUACAGGGAUUUCAGAUCUGCAGUGAGAGGUUUGUGUCUCAGGGGUGGAAAAUAAAUAUCUUAUUUUGUGUAAUUUCUUUCCCCACCUGACGGAUACUCGAGCUAAAUGCAAGCAUACAUCUGUUUUCAGCUUCAAGAAAAAAGAAAUGAAAAGAAAAAUGACCGAUGCCUUCAUCUAACGUCUCUGGCCCUUUUGCCUUUAUUCUUAUCACUCUGCGAGUCACUUAUCAGGUUUGGGAGGGAGUAUUGGGACACAAGUAUUAGAUGUUUUGAGUAUUGAGUGAGGAGCAUGCAAGAUCAUCAUUUAAAUCUAUGCAUUAUUUUUAUUAUAAUUAUUUUUAUUGCUCCAAGCCAUAAGGAAUAUUCCAUUGUAAUGGCAUAUAGGAGUCCUGAAACUUAAUUGAUUUUUUUUGUUUAUUUGGUACAUUGUAAUAUUUUUUUUCCAUUUUUUUUUUUUUUUUUUUUGUAAUGUAUUGCCUUACAUUGAUUCAUAGAUAAAUGGUUCAAAAGGAAAACAUUAAGUUAACAAAUGUAAAACUGCACUGUUUGAAUUGUAAAUUAUUUGUAGAAGACUAAACAGGUGUAGCAUUUGGCCCACCUAGUGCCUUAACGUUUGGAUAUUGAUUUUACUGCCAUAUCUGUUUGUUUGUUCAUUUUCUUUCUCCAAAAACAAGACAAAUCUUAACUCUUCCACCAUCUGUUUUUUUAAGAAAUCGCCACACAUUUGUGGUUUUAUCAGAAUUCACUUUCUCUGGUUUAAGUAUAUGAUAUAUAUAUAUAUAUUAGAUUACCUCUUUAUGGACACACUGCAAUAGAGCUAGUGUGUCAAAACGAAGUCCCCAAGACUGGGUUCAUAUCACAUGACAAAUUUUGGGAUGGUGUACUCAAAGCGAUUCUACCUGUGUCAAUGAUCGUCCUUGUUACAAUUACAAGUUGUGUGUCUAACACGGUAAUGUCCCGUUAAUGCAGACCCCCACAGUGUAUAUAAUAAGAGACAUGAGGAUUAUGGAAUACCUCCGCAAUCUUUUCAUCUGUAACGUUUUGUUCAGUUAAAAAAAAAAAAGCACUGGAACUAUGAUCUACUCUUGUCUUGGAUAAUUUGCAUGGUUAAUUGCAUUGGAGUCCGCACUGAUGGAUAUGUCAAUAAACAUAUCUUUAUCAUU